AUCCAAUCCCGCGCCAGACUUCGUUGCCGAAGCACAUGUUUUGAUGCGUUCCGUCGACCGUAGUCUUCGAUGGUAACCCACGGCCGGCCGCUCAGUCAAUAAUAACGAUCCGACGAGAAAGAAUUUCUCAGUUUAUUUUCCAACUACUGCCGUUAUAUCCGGUGCUGUGCUAUAUCAGCUUUUCGUGCUGACAUUUCGCCGUCGAUUCUAUCAUCAUACAGUUUGAAUGUUGGUACUUUUUGUGAUUUUUAUGCAUACCUAAAUAUCCCUAUAGUUGUUAGUAAAAGAAUUUUGUGUGAAAACGCGCUUUCCAAGUUCUGAACCGGUCUAUGGGACUUUGCUCCAGAGCGAGACAAUGUGUUUUGGAUUGCUUUUAUAAAAUACGGCAUGUGGUGGAUCAUGAUGUCAUUAGCAGCAAUGGCAGCCGUGGCAGGUAGCACAGCUCAGCAAGAAAGAAACGCCGAUGAAGAAGUGAUGUCCUGCGAGGUAGCUCGUAUGAGGUGCGCAUACAGAGUGGGCUGUGGAAAAGCCCUGCAGCAUUACGUCAUGGGCUGUUCUGCUGUGCUUCAAGGAAUGAACGAGCUCGCAUAUUGUCCCGAAAUUUGUCAAAAUUCUCUCAUAGCCCUCACCUCUACGGAAGAAGGAAAACAGCUAAUGACUUGCCAAUGUAGCGACGAAUCUUGCGAGGACGCCAAGCGUCGAGUGGAAGUGUGUAGACCUUCGGUGACCAUGGCAAAUCUUAACGAUUCCGUGGUGUCUUGUCGUGUAGCACAGUGGAUUUGUUCCGCGGACGCCGUGUGUUCUGCGGCACUUGAAUAUUACAAUCGAUAUUGUAAGUCGAUGUUUCACGGGAAAAAGUGCAACAAUCGAUGUCGAAACUCGAUCUCGAUCUUGCGACGGCAAGACAAGGCGGCCAAGCUAAAGACUUGCAAAUGCGAUGGACAGGAAGAUUUCAAUUGCGUGCAGAUCCAAAACAAUAUGGCGCGACUUUGUUUCCACAAAAAGAUACACGAAGAGCCAACGGAACCUCCUGGCGACAUUGAUACGAAUGUGAUAAGAGACGAAUACAACCCCCGCACGCAAAACAGUGGUAACUCCCUCUCGCAAACAAUGAACAAUAACAAAGUGGGCUCGUUGUUGCUCCUGGUGAUCCUCAUAGCGAUCACGUGAUACAAGACAUUUCCUGUUCAUUCCACAAAUCUAGAUCUACCUCGUCCAACCUGACAGUAUUUUUUAUUUGUUGCUUGGUUACAACGAGAUGAAACUCCAUCACACAUCUGUUUGUUUACUCUCUUGUAUCUUGACUUUACCAAAGUAGUUGCUUUAGAAUUUCUUAAGAAAGUUAAUUAUGUACCGGGCGUGGAUUGGUAAGAAAUGGAAACUCUUCUUUUUUAAGGUUGAGAAAAUGCGAAGGUAAACAUUUUCAAAAUAAUCUGGUAUGUAAUCGACUGUUAAAUUUACGUAAUAAUCG